CGCGUGAAUUCCCAGGCGCGCAUCACUCCUACGCAAAAGACAUUAACACUGCAUUGAACCACCGUUCAACGCUUCUAGCUCCAUCAGGCAGGGGAUCGGAAGACCGGGGACAGACUUCCGUAGCUUAGGCUCGCUCUAUUCAACAAGCCAUUUCCUUGGUUCAGAACCUGUCAGUGUCAAGUGUCAGUGUCAGUGUCAGUGCCGUCGGCUUCGAGCUCCGUUUGCGCGACAACCGCGGACUGAUCUCACUACCCGCACCGCGCCACGCAUACAUGACUUGACCGCGGCCUCACUGAUCGAUGCGCUGGACGAUCAGGAACCCGACAUCUCUUUCUCCUCAUAUUGGUUAUCCAUAGGUGUCAAGACGCCAAAAAAGCGCCAUGCCAGCUGGCAGAGCAGUCCAAUACUAGCUAGGAUGGCGCCCCCGAAGAUCAAGAUGGGCGAAAUCACCGUCAACGACGCUCUAGGUAGUCAUUUCUCUUUCGACCAGCAACCUCGAUCUGAUAGCUUAUACGAUGUGGUAGACGCGAUAUCCGGAGGCACUCUCAAAGAGCGUGCGACAGGUCUAGAUGAUCUGAUUUUCCUGCUUGACAAGAAGGGCAAGACCGCAAGCCUAUCGGCUCUUGGCGACAAACAUUACCAUCGUGUAUUCGAGAGUUUGUUUCGAUGUGUGGUUAACGAGAAACAGAGCUACUACGGAGGCAAGAAGACGACGGCCGCGGCGGCAUCGGCAAGGCUGGCAAAAUGUGCCGAGGCUGUCCGGCUCGCCGUCAGUCAUGGGGCUUCAAAGCUUAAGCGGAAGACCAUGCUUGCCCUCGUCGAUCACAUCACGCAGAUUCUCCCCGGGCCUGGACCCGGCCAUGGCGAUGAGGCGUACGUCGAGCCACUGCUAAAAGACUACGUAAAGGCCCUCGUAGGGCUACUUUCCCACCAGUCCAACGUCGAGCACCUUGCCACGUUGGGUGCCAAGGGUUGGCUUGCUUGUGUAGAUUUUUGUAUCGAGGCCCUGGAACGCUACCUAGAGAACGCCGAUCGAGACCGCGACUCUGGCUCUCGGGCCUCUCCGGCGCCGGGCACGGCAUCGAUGGGAUUCUCCACUGGCAGGAGCACCAAUGCAAGUCAAAGAAUACCGGGCCAAAUCCACCGUAGCACCGUCCAGGACCUCCUCCACUGCGUCAACCUUCUUGUUCUUCCACCCAACGCGCCACUCGAGCAGAGAUCCAGAGAUCUCUCCAAAGCACUCACGCAAGUGCUGCAACUGCGUCAUCUCGGACUAAGUCAGGUCAUCCAGCUGAGCUUUGCCUCGAUCAACAUCCUCUUGGCCGAGAUCCAAACAAACGACAUCUCGCAGGCCAACAACUUGGCCAGAGACCUCGUGCCACUGAUCAGUCACUGGUGGCAAGCUCGGACCGUUUCUCAAGAUGAGAUGCUAAACUCCGUCCGAGAUGAAAUGCUCAAGACCAUUUUCAUCAUCCACCUACACCUAGAGCACCUUGUUUGCCAUCAAGAGAACGAAUCAACCCAGAAGGAUAUCGAAGAUCUCGCCGAAUCUCUGUGGCUGGAAUACUCACGACGAAGCAUGAGAUCGCAACUUCAGCUUGACGAUCUCACGUUCAUCUCUGGGCUGCCCGACGAUUACUUCAAACUGGACCUCUUCGGUCUGCGUGUUCAUAAUCGGGACGGCGAGAGGAGAUGGGCUCUCGUGCAGAAUAUUGCCAUCCUGGAGCGUAUUCUCUGGAAGAGCCUUAAGCAUGCCAGGCCACUGUCACCGGGGGAGCAGCCCCGCAAGAAGCGCAGGACCCGUGGUGCAGCUACUCGGUUACAGGAGAGGCUACAAUCGCCCAGUCUGGCUGUGCAGAGAAUAUCCUUGCAGCUUGUGCCCUUCCUCCUGGGGCUCAACACAUUCUCUACAACAGAAGCCGCAGACCUCUUUGCAGACAUUGUAGCUUUUGUUGGCGAUAAGGACACCACUGUGUCAUCAUGGGCUAUGCUUGCUUGCGCCAGCUGUACCGUGUUCCGUUUUGAUUCCGGAGAAACGACGGCGUCGUGGAGGCAUCUGUGGCAGAUUGCUGCCCGGGCAAUCAGCCUUCCCAACACCAGCCGUGCCGCAAGUGUUCUCCUGCACUCAAUCCUCGAGAGAGAUCUAGUCCCAUAUCACGAUGUUUCGGAUGAUAUCAACAGCAUUGUCACAACUGCUGAUGUCAACGGCCCAGCUGUUCUGGUGGAUUCUUCAAUUAUCCUCAUGUUGUACCUGUUGACUCUUCGGAACGUGAAGCAGCCAAACGCUAGCCAAUCCACAAGCCACCAUAUCAUCCGAUGGGUCUUUUUGAAAUGGAAUCCAGCCGACCCGAGCUAUGCUUCUCUCUUCUCAAUGCAUGCUCCAGUUCCAGAAUUGGUCAAUAUUAUCCAGGCAUGCUGUGGUACAAGGGUCGCAUCUCUCACGACGCCAGUGAUCGUAUCUGGGGGACCGAUCUGCCAGACCUGGAAGGCACAGUAUGAGAUAUCAGCUCUGGCGAGAUACUUGCUACUGUUGGAGCCACCGCGAACAGUAAAAGCUGCCUCGACGGCUUGUAGCCAUGCCCCAGCAACCGAACUGAGCAAUGUCAGCGACUCGAUUACUUUCCAUGCCUCAAAGAAACUGGUGUUGGAACUUUUGUUUCCCAAAGUCGAAGAGUUGCAAGAGCUCUGUGACUUGUGGAACAAAAAAGGAUCUGAAGGGGGGGCGCCAGUCUCUCCAGACAGGCUUCACAGUCUCUUUUCGGCAAACGUCGUUGGCACGAUGCUUGCCUCUCAACUCACUGACCUCAAUUCGGGACAGUCGCGAGACAUUGAGUCAGCCCUUGCUAGACUAUCAGAGACCAGUAUCAGUGCUGCCCUUGAUUCUAGCGAUAACCAAGCUUUCUUCGAGGUCAUGCUCAAAGUCAUUCGCCCUGUAUUUCCAGCUUUGAAUAUCACGAAGUUAAGCGCCUUCCCCAAGGAAAAUGCACCCUUGUUUCGAUUCUUGGCAAAGCUGGCCGCAGGCACUCGCGAGCGGACUGCGCGACAGACCUCGGGACAAAACCAGGACCUGAUGGACUUGGAUGACGAAUUCGAUUCUCAAGAAAGCAAGGCAAGCGUAGCCAUAAGGACUGUCGAUAUUCCUCGGUUAAGCAUUCCCAUGAGUCUAGAUUCGGGCGCCUUGUAUCAAGACACGGCACAGCGCCUAUACCUUCUCGAGGUGAUACACAAAGACGCUGCGCAGGUCGGCAUUGUUCCCCAAGAUUUUCUUGAUCAACUGCUGCUUCUCCCCAACGACGAGUUUCUCCUAUGCAGGUCGACGCUCUCGGAGUUGUUCGCGUCUGACUUGCCCAUAGGGCCUGACGAUGCCCUUCGAGUCGUCGAGAAGCUGGGUGAAGUUAUUGGGGAACAGGAAUACACAUGCUGCGAAGUAGCCCAUUCAACAAGCCUCGACGUUCUCGAGGGUAUCAUACAGGUCUGGAUGGACGAAAAGCACGAGGUGUCUUCACUCGUCGGGGACUUGUACAAUUAUUUUGUCAAGGCCUCUCUCCCAAAGAACAGUUUGUCUCCCAAAUCGCAAAUGUCUCUUGCGAGCUUGCUAUUCGCGCUUCUGCGAAGCAACCCUCAAUACGGAAGCGAUCUGGGUCUUGACUCCUGUCGCACGACGCUGCUUUCCAUCAUGCAAGAGGGGACAUUAGCCGUCAAGCACUUCAUUGGGUCGGCCCUGCCAGACAUUUUCGGCAUUUACGUCCUCAAGAUGCAUGAUGAUAUCUUCGUGGAUGUUCUCAGCAGCCUUCCUACCGAUCCGGAGGCCAUCGAAGGCAUUGCGUUUCGACUCUUCGUGUUAUCUCAGCUGGCGUGCCGUUGGCCGACGCUCCUCAGACGAUGCACAUACCAUAUAUUUGAGACGCCGGGAAAGAUAAUGCAGUCAACCAAGUAUGCCAAAAGGUGUCUGGAGAAGGUUUCUGAAGCUCUUGACUUGUCAUCUCCUCGAGAGCUGUUUAGCAUCUUCAGCCCCCAGCUGCUGUACACGUGGCUUGAAAUGGAUGCCGUCGAAGACGUUCCGUUCGAAAUAUUCGGUUUCCAAAGUCUGGACACUCUCCUGCGUGAAGCACAGGCCGAGACAUCUGCACUAGAGAUCAUGCGAGGUCGUUACGAAAGUGUUCGGUCGCUCGCACAGCGACUUGGUAUGUCUUUGGUUGACAUGGUCAAACAAGGAUUCACAAAAAUCAUGGCCUACACAAUUGCGCAUGAAACUAGCACGUCUAGCUCAGAAAACGAUGGCGGCGAGACUUGGGUCCGCAAGCUACUCGGCAGGGAACUGUUCCUGGAACUCAUAUACCUCAACUUUGCGGACAUUGUGGCGUUGUUGGUGGACCUUUUCGAUCAAGAAGAUCCCAUUGAGAAGUACCUUUCAAGGGACAAAAACUUCCAACACGCAGCUGAUAGUCUGAACGAGAUGAAGAAGUUUUCUCAGUCAACCACAACCCUGCCGCCCAACCAACAACCCAUGUUCAGGGCCAAAUUCCUGACCAGGGAGCUAUUCCAUUUGUGCAGCAAAACAGAGUAUGAGCUGCAUGCACUUUGGACGCCAGCUCUUGUGGUUUCGGUCGCUCGAAACCUCCUCAACACGGUUCAUCCGGCAUUGGGCUCGCUCCACGCAUGUUCCGUGCUGCGGAAGAUUCGGGUGUUGAUCGCUCUCACCGGUCCCGUGGCAUUGGAAGCCUACCCUCUCGAGAUGCUUCUCUCGUCCAUUCGACCUUUCAUUGUGGACUCAGAGUGCGCUGAUGACGCACUUGGCGUCAGUCGCUACUUGAUUGCUCAAGGGAGCGGGCAUCUAGAGCAGACGCCAUCCUUCCUUGCCGGAUAUGCAUUAUCUACACUUGCCUCGCUGAGGAUCUUUCUCGAGUCCAGCCAGUCAAGCACUACUCAAGAAAGUCAGUUCAAAGCUACCAUGAGUAAGGCGCAGACUUUCCACACGUGGUUCAGCUCAUACCUCACUGGGUAUGAAUCGCCCAAUUUCGCUGAUGAGCAGCAGAGAGAAGCGUUCAGAUCGAUCACUCAUUCGGCUUCCAAUAUUCGAUCCUCGGGAAACGCAGAGAAGGGCACACCCGAGAGCACGCUUCUACUGGAAAUUCUCAGAGAUGGUGAGCGCGAGUCCAGACUACUGAACGAAGCAGCCCGAGACCUAGCACUCGACAUGCUCUGCGGAGAUUUCGUAGUGCCUGCUGUUGGCCACAGAGAUGUCAUUGACACAGACAACGAGGCCCUGCGCCACAGUGGACUUGUUUGGAAGAGCUGCAAUUCACUCGCUUUGAGUGAUGAGUAUCUUGCCUGGGCGGGCCGUGUUGUUGGCAGGUCUUUCGCUGCGUCAGGAGAGAUACAAACCGAGAUUUUGGAAGAAUCUGAGCUCUCGCGGUACAACAUCCUUGCGCCAGGAGACAACGACUCCGGUCAAGGACUGCUCCGUCUGCUGCAACAACUCACCCAGAGCAAGGACUCACAUGUUGCUGGUCUCGCCGAAUCAGCACUGAGAGCAGUGGUGUCGGAGGCAACAGCCCAGAGCGACGAUGACCUAAUCACUGCAGCACAGAGAACGUUGACCGAAUCGUUAUGUCUAGCUUCGGCUUGGGAGCAUUACCGUACACCACCUUCUGAUUUCGUCUCAUCACAGAAUAUCCCCGACUCUCAAGUCUUCUUUCGCGAGCACGUGGAGAGUUCCGACUGGGUUCAGCAGCUGGCGGUUCAUCUAGCACAAUCGGUCCCCGAGUACAUCAUUCUCGUCGCAUUGGUGCCAAUCCUCAAGAACGUCAAGGGGUUUGCUCAAGACUCCUUCCCUUUUAUCGUUCAUUUGGCUUUGUGCGGUCAGCUCGACAAACAGCAACUCAUUAAGCGCAACCUGUCAGAAGCUGCGAGAGAAUGGUUCAAGGUCCAGGAUGAUGCAGCGCAGACGAAUCAGAAACACCUCAUCAACACGAUUCUGUAUCUGCGGACACAGUCGUUGCCUAAAGAAUCAUCUAUUGCUGACCGAGUCUCGUGGCUUGAUAUCGAUUUUACCACUGCUGGCGCCGCCGCCUCGCGCUGCGGUAUGCAUAAGACGGCCCUGCUUUUCACCGAAAUCGCCGCUUCUCAGACAACUCGCACGUCCAGACGAUCAUCCGCGGUGCGUGAGGAGGACUCCAGUGAAGUCCUUCUUUCCAUCUUUGAGAAUAUUGACGACCCCGACGCCUACUAUGGCUUGCCACAAUCUGCCGAUCUCUCCAGCGUUCUGUCUCGGCUGGAGUACGAGAAAGAUGGCUCCAAGAAUCUAGCCUUCCGAGGAGCCCAAUACGACAGUCAUAUUCGGAGAAGGAAUCCCGCAUCACAGCUGGACAGCCAAUGUCUCGUGAGAGCUCUCGGGACUCUGGGUCUAGCUGGUCUCUCCCACUCUCUCCUCCAGACGCAGCAAAGCCCUGAUGGCGACGCAGCGUCCCUCGAAAGCACAUUUCAAACAGCACGCCGGUUGGAACUGUGGAACCUGCCUGUACCCGCGACAGCCGACAACUGCUCUGUGACAAUUUAUAAGGCCUAUCAGAACGUCCAGCAGGCCGGCGCAGAGGCUGCAGUGCGCAACGCCAUCUAUGAUGGCUUCAGCCAAACAAUGCGCAGCCUUGUCAAUCGUGGGCUUAACGCAGCUAAGCUCAGACAGCAUCUUGGUGCUCUCGCAGUCUUGACUGAGCUGAAUGAGAUCGUAAAUGUGACCGACUUCUCUGAGCUGGAGGGCAUGCUUGAGAGAUUCGAACAGCGCAGCCAGUGGAUGAGACGCGGACGAUACGAGGACGUCAGCCACAUGUUGUCUUGUCGAGAGACGACAUUGAGCUUGAUGAGUCAACAACCGAAGCUCCGCAGCCAGGCGCUGUCGAUGGCCGACGCCAGACAGGUCGAGAUCCGGUGCAUGAUGAUGUCCUCAGGGAUCUACCGCUUUCACCAAGCGACCCAGGAAUCUCUCAAUAUUUCCACGUCGUUGACAGAUCUGGUCGGCCCAUGCGAGUCCUUGGGGAUUAAGGUUGAUGCUGCCAUUAAGAUCGAGGCAGCCAACUCGUUGUGGGACCAUGGAGAGAUGAUUUCCUCGAUUCGAAUGCUUCAAAGCAUCGACUGCGACUCUUCUCUGAAGAAGCAAACCAUACCGGUUAGCCGGUCGAACCUAUUGUCCAAAAUCGGCCACCAGGUGUCAGUGGCCAAGCUGGAAAAACCCCACCACAUCCAGAAGAACUACCUUGAGCCAGCCCUCAAAGAGCUUAAGGGGAAGAGCGAGGGACAGCAGGCCGGGCAUGUCUACCAUCAGUUCGCCAUGUUUUGCGACGAACAACUACAGAACCAGGAUAGCUUGGAGGACUUGGCGAGAUUACAGAGCCUGAGGAAGGGCAAGAGUGACGAGGUCUCCCAGCUGCAGAGCCUCAUCUCUAACAGUCGAGACUCGCAACUGAAGCAAAGGUACCAGUCGCACUUGAACCGCGCUCGUCAGUGGUUGCAGCUAGACGAGCAGGAGCUUCGCCGCGUGGAGCAAACGAGGAGCGAAUUUGUUCGUCUCAGUCUCGAGAACUAUUUGCUCUCUCUCGUUGCCUCCGACGAGCACAACAACGAUGCCUUGCGAUUCACCGCGCUCUGGCUCGAGCGGUCGGAAGAGACAGCGACCAACGAGGCCGUCAGAAAACAUUUGGAAAAAGUACCGACGAGGAAGUUUGCCGCUUUGAUGAACCAACUUUCCUCGCGGCUACAGGACCAGCCGAACUCGGCUUUCCAGAAGCUCCUGAUCAAUCUUGUGUACAAGAUCUGCGCCGAACACCCGUAUCACGGCAUGUAUCAGAUCUGGUCCGGCACGAAGGUCAAAACGCGAAAGGAGGACCAAGUAGCGGUGCUGAGACUCAAGGCCACGGAGAAAGUUGCGGCUCUCCUACAGUCAACCAAAAACGUGGCAGCGAUCUGGCAAGCGGUGGACCGGACGAGCGCCUAUUACCAUCGACUUGCCGUCGAUCGAGACCCUAGCAAAUACAAGGCCGGACAGAAGAUUGCGCUGAGGGACAUCCACUCGGCCCAGUCUUUGCAAAAUGCGCUGGUGAAAUACCGGAUCCCGCCACCAACCAUGCAGCUCGAGGUGUCGGCGACCAAGGACUACUCGAGCGUUCCGGUCAUAGAGAGACUGGAGCCUCAGAUGUCGAUUGCGUCUGGUGUAAGCGCCCCCAAGAUCAUCACGGCCAUCGGAAGCGACGGUAAAAGAUACCGGCAACUGGUCAAGGGCGGCAACGAUGACCUCCGUCAGGACGCCAUCAUGGAGCAGGUGUUUGCAGCAGUAUCAUCCCUUCUGAAGCUACACCGGUCGACCCAGCAGAGGAAUCUUGGCAUCCGCACUUACAAGGUACUGCCUCUCACAUCAGCGUCCGGCCUCAUCGAGUUUGUCCCAAACACAAUCCCGCUGCACGAGUUCCUCAUGCCUGCGCACGAGAGAUACUUCCCCAAGGAUCUCAAAGGGUCUCAAUGUCGGAAGGAAAUCUCCAACGCUCAGGGCAAGACAACAGAAACUCGUAUCAGCGUCUACAGGAAGGUAACGGAAAGGUUUCAUCCCGUCAUGAAGUACUUCUUUAUGGAGAACUUUGUCGAUCCCGACGACUGGUUCGUCAAGCGGCUGGCAUACACGCGCACCACUGCGGCAAUCUCGAUGCUCGGCCACGUGCUUGGUCUCGGAGACAGGCAUGGCCACAACAUUCUGUUGGACGACAAGACGGGCGAGGUUGUGCACAUCGAUCUGGGUGUUGCGUUCGAAAUGGGACGCGUCCUUCCCGUGCCAGAGCUCGUCCCGUUCCGGCUGACGAGAGAUAUCGUGGACGGCAUGGGUAUAACGGGUACCGAGGGCGUCUUUCGCCGGUGCUGCGAGUUCACGCUCCACGCCCUGCGCGAGGAGACGUACUCCAUCAUGACCAUUCUUGAUGUAUUGCGCUACGAUCCUCUCUAUUCGUGGUCCAUCUCCCCCGUCCGACUGGCGAAGCUGCAGGGCGGGGAGUACGACGGCGACGGCGAAGAGGGCGAAGGGGAGGGCAGGAAAGACAGGAAGGGGCAGCAGGUAAAUGAGCCGUCGGAGGCAGAUCGGGCGCUGGAGGUCGUGCGGAAGAAGCUCUCCAAGACGCUGAGUGUGACAGCGACAGUCAACGACCUGAUCAAUCAGGCGACCGAUGUGAGCAAUCUGGCCGUCUUGUACUCAGGCUGGGCGGCAUACGCGUAGUCAUGUCUCCUGUCACUCUCUGGCCCCCUCUCCCUCCAUGAAUGCUUCUAGUGAGAACAUCAACAAACGAAUCGAUGCAAUGCAAGCAUGUACAUAUAGCAGUGACUUACAGACACGCGAUGCAGCCUUUUAUCUAAACAGCAUUUAGACACUAUGUAAGACGCCGACAUAGUGGCACUUAGUCGGAUACUUAGCAAGGCUAAGCGCGCUGGUCUUGUUGCUGGCUAGGGCCUCUUAGGGCCAGGUUGUUGUAGCGGCAAGCUUCAAAUAUUCGAGAGACGA